GUGAAGUGUGGUGUGCUCGUGGUGUUCCAAACAUGGUGAAGGUGAAAAGUAAACAAAGCUGCGUUUCAGUGAUGACAUUCGCUCGAUUGUUGUUCGAAAUCGACUAGGAUGUUACUUGUAAGAAGACUAACCAGUGUUAUUUGAGGGAUUCGCUGCGAUGAGAUAAAUGUAGAUCUAAGAUACAACACUAGCAGAGACGAGAGCAGGGAACGAACUAUAUGUUGUUAUUCACAUGUAUCACUUAAGAGAUUUGUAUGAUGUGUGCAUGGCAGAGGUUUGGUUCAACAAUAAUGGAAAGAAACAUACGCCUGACAUAUAAUUUACUCAAUGAGAGAUGUAUGAGAAUAUGUGCCGUUCUGAGCACUGUAAAAUCACCACAUUGCCGAAUUCACAGGGGUAACAAUCAGACUGCAGUUGAAGUUAUGAGCAAGAAUGUUUCUCUUAGAUAUUUAGCACAUUCUGCAGACACUGAUGACAGCGAAUCAGAUGAAUUUAGUGAACAGGAUGAUGAUCCAGACUAUGAAAAACUUAAGGAAAUGAGUGAAUCUUUGAGAAACUUCUUGUAUCCAGAUUCUGAAGACCCUCUGUUGCUCAAAUUGAAGACCUGUAUGUCAGUACAGGAAGUAUUUAAUAUUAUUAGACCCACAGAGCUUCAACUUACUUCCCAACAUGUGAGCCAAGCUGUGUUAGUGCUGUGGGAUCUGCAGAAAAUAUUUUACAGGGUGUAUGCCAAAGAAGAAGACGAGGCUAAGUUUUACAACCCAGCAGUAGGCACAUCAGACUCACUGAGACAUUAUAUUAAUGUUGUCAGUAAUCAUGAAGAUUUUAAACAUUUGAUAGAGCUUGUAAAUAGAACUUAUAUUCAAAUGACACCUGAUGCUGCAACAUGUACAUUACUGUAUUUAAGAAAGAUGGACGUACACUUGACACAUCCAGUUAUGCAAAAUUUAGUAGCAUAUUGUGCUUCACUCAUUGAGUCGUUAUCAACACAUUUCCCACUUACUGCCUUAUCCAGGUUUACAGUGGCAGUUUAUAUACCAAAUAGUAUUUGGACAUGCAUGAUUCUAAAAGAAGUUAUUCCGCUCAUUUACAGUGCACUAGAUAGAUGUGAAAAUAUACAAGACUUCCACUUAAUAACAGUGUGCAUGAAAAAUGCACAUGCUUUGCUGAACUGGUCUUUUAUAAAAUUAUACAAGGAAAUAGCUGAGGGACUCGUGUCAAGAGGAGAAAUGACAGCUCAGGGGACAAGGACAAUUCUUAAGGCUGCUGUAUUUCUCAGUCUUCCACAAUGGUCACAAAAAAAUGCUUCAACAAUAAAGAUUCUGUUGUUGUCUUUGAAGGGAAAAGUCUCAGAACUAACUCCAGAGGAGUUGUUUAUGCUGCAUAAGGUUUUUGUCAGUCAUCUGGAGCCUGCUGAUCUCUUGGAAGAAAUAAAAUCAUGUGCGAAUAAGUUUCUUUCAAGAAUAAGUAAUGAUGACAGCAGGUCUGUAGCAACAUUGGAAGCAACUGCAAAACUUCUUUCUUGUGUGGUUCCCUUUUCACCACCAUCAAAGAAAAAUGUUUUUCAAGAACUGGCAAGGCAGCAUAUUCAAGAUGGCGUCUUCUCAUCUUCUCUCCCAACAGUUUUCAAAUUGAUGUGGCACCUGAAAACACAUGACACACGUCUGUGUGAUGCCUUUUGGAAUAAAAUGCUCCAAGAUUUAGAAAACUCUGAAGCAGAAAGGGAAGGCUCCCAGUUGCUGAGAACUGCAUAUAGGUACAUACAUUUCAGUAACAGUCUUGGUGGAAAGUAUAGGCAUUUUGAGUUUGAAAGAAGCUUGCUUCAGUGGCUACUGCAUGAAAUGGAAAAUGGUCUGUCUGGUAUAAUUCCAUCAAAAUUUGCAAUGAUUGCAGCAUUUUUGUUAGCUUUUGGAAACACUUUCCAAGGAGAAGUUAUUGAUGAGGUUUUUAUUGCAAGAGUAGUUGACAGAUUGGUUGAAAUGGCACCACAGUUUACUUCAGUUGACUGCUUGAAUAUAUCUAGAGGAUUUCAGCGUGGAGUGGAAAUGUGUUAUAAGAAGGGUGCUCAUAAAAUUUUGUUAACUCAGUAUGCAAAAGUUAAUUCUGUACUUAAUACUUGUGCUCAGAGGCAUUUGAGUGAGAAAAACUUGGACAUUGUAACUAUUAAUGUGAUAGGAAGAGCAUUUGUUAAUCCCAGAAGCAGCUCGCAGACUGAUAUUUUUGAACACAUCAUUGAUGGAUACGAAAAAUGUAAUGAUCCACUAUCAUCAAGGAUAAUACGAGAUGCAGUAUGGAACUUUCGCAGCUUUGACUACUUGGCACCUACAACAGUUGACAGAAUGGUGGACUAUAUUACGCAUAAUAAGGCACAUGUACUUGCUGAAACUGCAGAAAAAUUGCUCACCCUUUGUUAUGUGCAUGGCUAUACACCCACAGGUGCAGGUUCUUUUUUUUCUGCAAUGAUAGAUCUUAUUCUCAGGGACAGAGAUUUCAUGGUUAGUCUAGCAGUCAUUCGUUCAUCUCUUGCUCUCUGCUUUUACAACAGUUUGCCAAAGUCUUUAAUUCAUUAUAUUUUCACUGUUGACUUUCUGGAGUGGAUCGAAGCAGAGUUGUCACAGUGCUAUUCGAAGGAUACUUAUCCUGUCCGUGUUCGUCAUAAUUUGAUGGAGCUUAACCGUGCAGUUUGUUUGGAUUAUCCUGAUGCUGAUGUACCUUGGUUUCAUAAAAAAUACUGCCAGGAACUUGCUGUUUCAGAACCAAAACUGAAGUCCGUUUUCCAGCAGGAUGUGCUGAAGCAUCUCAUCACAGUUGUGGGUGGAAAACAGUUUAUAGAAUCAGAUGUGUUUUCACCAUAUUCAUAUAAAAUUGAUUUCUUGUUGCUGUUGGAUGCUGAAAACAAUCCUGUCAACACCAAAUUCAUCUCAGAUCAUCAAAUAUCAAAAAUUGCCGUUUUGCUGCUGAGAGAAGAUGCAUUCAGUGGAGAGCGGUUGAAGGGGCCCCAGCAGAUGAAGCAACGACACCUUGAGAUGUUGGGCUAUCGUGUGGUUGGCAUUGCAGCACGAUUGUGGCAGUCAAUGUUCAUGGCAGAGCCAGAGGCUAAAGCUAGAUUCCUAGAAGAUUGUAUCUUUCAGAAACAACCUACCAAACAGUCUGAAUUAUACAUCAAAUAAAGAAACAUUGCCUGUUUUUAUUCA